AUGGUCUUUAGAUCGAGCAACAAAUUGGAGGCCUUUGAAUCAGCAGUAGCAGAGAUGAUUUGGAAGGCGGCCAAUGGUGGAGAUGAUUUGGAAGUCGCUGAAUUUCUUCUCUGUAGUGGUGAUGUUCCAGGCAGGAAACGAAGGUUCCAAUUUGAUGAUAUCUUUAUAUCGUUUGAAUCGGAUAUGAGGAAUUCAUUAUCAAGAUUAUUUUCUUUAUAUAACUCCUUCCGAUUUGAUCAGAUCAUUUGGUGUAUUAUGUCGAAUUCUAGUGUUAUUGAUGGUGAUUUGUAUUCUUCUAUGAGUGAGAGUGAAGAAGAAGAUGUUGAGAACUCAUUUUUUGAAGAACAUGUCUGUAAGCCAGAUGUACCUGUUCAACUAAUUCCUUUUAAGGGUUUAAUCUUCAAAUCAUUAAAGUUGGCUAUCAAAAUGUAUUCUGAGUAUGCUGAAAUUGGUGAUUUUGAUGUUAGACUGAGCACAAAGUUAAGGUUUGAUAACAAGAUUAUAAAGAAGAAACAUGUUAUAUGUAAUCGUGGUGGUAAACAGAAAAAGAAAUCUUGUGACACAUUAGGUACAAGUGGUGUUAGGAGGAAAGGAAAUUCAAAUUCAAGAGCUAUUGGUUGUCAAGAAAAGAUUAUAUUUGAAUCUGUGUAUGGAACUCCAGAUUAUAAAGUUUUUCAGUUUGCUGAAGUUCACAACCAUCCACUUGAGAAGAGAAGCGAUUUAAAAAAGGCGAGACAAAUGUCAUAUUCAGAAAAAGAUUUUAUUGUGUGUGCUUCCACAUCAAAAAUAGGUCCAACUAUGGCUCAUAAGUUGAGGGCAAGUCUGAGAGGUGGGUAUGAGUUUGUAAAGCCCAAAGUAGUUGACUAUAAAAAUUUAAGGAGAGAUAUCAACAGUGUUAUUGGUUAUAAAGAUGCCCAAAUGAUAGUAAACACAAUGAAUGACCGUCGAGCUUACUAUACAAAUUACUCAUUUGAGUUUAAUUGUCAAGAGGAUGUUUUGGACUGUAUGUUUUGGGCUGAUGAAAUGGAGAAGACAUAUUAUGCUGAAUUUGGUGAUGUUAUCUUGUUUGAUGCGACUUUCCGAACAAACAAGUAUCGAAUGGUUUUUGUUCCGUUUACUACUAUUGACCAUCAUAAAAAAUCGGUUACUGUUGGAUCUGGGUUGCUAAGCAAUGAAAGCAUCGAGUCUUACUCUUGGUUGCUUAAAGCAUUUCUUAAAACUCAUGGGAAAGAACCAACACUGGUUUUAACUGAUCAAGAUGCUGCAAUAAAACAAGCUGUUGAGAAUGUGUUUCGUAAUUCAAAGCACCGAUUAUGUAUGUGGCAUAUAAUGAAAAAGUUGAAAAAAAAGAUAUCAGAUGAUUUAUUUACAAACAUAGACUUUAGAAAAAGGUUUUCGAAGCUUGUUUGGGACAUUAGUAUGAAACCUGAUGUUUUUGAGGUGAAGUGGGGUUUGCUUAUGAAGGAAUUCAAUCUUGAAGACACAAGAUGGUUUAAAGACAUGUUUACAAUACGUGAUUCAUGGAUACCUGGAUAUUUUAGUGAUAUUCCAAUGUGUGGUUUGAUGAAGGUUACAUCGAGGUCAGAGAGUAUGAAUUCAUUCUUUAAUACAUAUUCAGAAAGUGGGAACUUACUUUUGAAUUUCAUGAUGAAUUACGACAUUGCCAUUCAAAAGCAAAGGAAUACUCAACGAGAGCUUGAUACGGCAUCAAAGAAAGCAUCAUAUAAAAUGCAAACACCUCGAGAAAUAGAACUGCAAGCAUCAAAGGUUGAAAUAAAAGCUGAAGAGAAAGAAAUAAAUUGCAGUUGUGAACAUUUAAGUGUAUGGGUGUUUUAUGCAGACAUGCUUUUACAAUAA